CCUGAUGAUGUGCCAAUGAACAACACACCUGUUUGGGAUGGGUAACCGUUGCUUCUUCACACAUGUUUUCUGUUGGGAGAACUCAGUGUGCCCUACGUGGUUUAAUGGUCGUCGUCGUCGUCGUCAGUUGUGUUUGGGUGACUUGGAGUAUUUGGCCCCAAUUUCUUUAGACUCAGUAGGCUCACAAGUUGUAGGCUUGCUUUGACGGGGUCUUUUAAGUAUUAAAGUGUUACUGUCCAUUCACAGUUAAGGAAACAAGUUUUGAGGUAGAAGAGUCUUCCUCAUUUUUCUUGCUAGGUACACUUUGGGCCCAAGAGUCUGCUCUUUUGCGUUCCUACAGCUGACUAAUUUGUGGUUUCCUCCUUGGUUUUUCAAGUCAGAGGCCAGAAAUGCCUCUUACGAAGAAGGUUUCUAGGGGCGACUUCUGAAAGACGUUUUGUCGUCCUUUGCUGGGCUCACUGUCCAUCCCAGGCUGUCCUCUCCUGCCUGAGCCUUCCGGGUGCUGAGAUUUCAGACAUACACCUCUCCACCUGGCCCAUUUGAGAUCUUGCUUGCAGAGUCUGUAAUCCAGAAGGGGAAGUAAAACCUGCAGGGACCCAGGCCACCUCAGAAGGCACGCAGACAUCUGAUUGCUUUGAGCUCGCCUUACUCGGCUGGCAGACGUCUCUCAGUUGGUGUGGGGGAUGCUGUGGCGCGAGAUCGUGAAGCGUUGCUUUUUCCUGGGCGCUGUCAUCUUGGCAAUCUAUAGAUCCUGUAGAACAAGGAUUGGUGGAGCACAAAUACAAGCAAGACGUACGUGGUCUUGUCCUUGGGACUGCACAGACUUCAAUAGGCAUUGGCGACAGACAUGCAAAUUAGCCAUCACUCCUCUGUCUGCUCUUCUCUCUUGGGGAAUCCUGUGAGAGCUGAGAACUCUUCGCUGAGCAGAGAAACGAACUCAGUAGCUCCUUGAGAAGGCAUAGCUAAGGUGUAGUGAGUCGAGGAAGACCCAGGGAAGGAACCUCCUUGAGUAGUUUCCAUUUUCCAAGUGGAUUUUGUUGACUGGAAUACAGAUCGAAAACUUGAAAGCAGUAUGCUUUGCCUCCUGAAACUGAUUGUGAUUCCAGUGAUUCUGGGUGAUCCUUGGGGCCUGGCUGACAUGACUGUCUCCCCUGAGCUGACCGUGCAUGUGGGUGAUUCAGCUUUCAUGGGAUGUGUUGUCCAGAGCACAGAAGAGAAACAUGUGGUCAAAGUAGACUGGAUACUCUCAAACGGGAAAUAUGCUGAGAAUGAAUACGUGCUAUACUAUUACUCCAACCUUAGCGUGCCUACGGGACGCUUCCAGAACCGUUCCCAUUUGGUGGGGGACAUCUUACGAAAUGACGGUUCUCUCCUGCUCCAAAAUGUGCAAGAGGCCGACCAGGGGACCUACACUUGUGAAAUCCGCCGCAAAAGUGAGAGCAUGGUGUUUAAAAAGUUUGUGGAACUGCGCGUGCUGCCAGAGGAGCCUAAAGAGCUCACAGUCCAUGUAGGCGAUUCAGUUCCGAUGGGAUGUUUUUUCCAGAGCACAAAAGAGAAACAUGUUACCAAGGUGGACUGGAUGUUUUCUUCUGGGAAGCAUAACAAGGAGGAGGUUGUCUGGCGCUAUGACUUCGACAGCUAUGACUUCAAGGAGCGUAGUGGGUUCUUCCAGAACCAGGGCCGCUUCCGAAACCGGGUAAACCUGAUGGGCGACAUCUCCCGAAACGACGGCUCUAUCAUGCUUCAGACAGUGAAGGAGUCUGACCAGGGAGUCUACACCUGUCGCAUCUACCUGGGCAACCUGGAGUCCAGGAAAACCAUUGAGCUGCGUGUGGUCCAGGAGAGAUCUCAAAUGUCAAUUUCAACAACUCCUCGACCCAAGACUGAUCAGCUGACGAUCCUGGAUGGGAAUCAGCUGGUGAUAAUUGUGGGGAUUCUCUGUGCCACCUUCUUGCUGCUCCCUGUUUUGAUACUGAUUGUGAAGAAAACCCAGUGCAAUAAGAGUUCAGUGAAUUCUACCCCUUCCUUGAAGAGCCUGGAGAGCAAAGAGAAAGCUAAUCCAGAGAAACAUGUCUACUCCUCAAUAACUACAUGGGAGGCGAUGGAUGAAGGACCAAGUGGACAAUCAGAGGCCACCUACAUGACCAUGCACCCAGUUUGGCCUUCUCCCUCCAAAGCACCCAGUUUGGUCCUCUCUCCAGUCAGAUCCAAAUAAUCCAGUUGGAAAAAAAAAAAGUCAGCUUCGGGAAUUCCCCAAAA